AUGAAUAUGAAUUAAACAAAAUUGGAUUGCUACAAUAAAACAUAAGCUACAGGUAGUGGAGCUAAAGGAGCAAGUACUUUUGUAUCUGGAACUUUGAUGUCCAAUUGGCAUGAAGAAGCUCAAUUAAAAGAGGACACUGGUUUUGGAAGAGCACCUGUUCCAUAACAUAUUAAGAAAAAGCAUACAGAUUUGAUGUUAAAACCUCCUGAAGAAAUUCCACUUUAUAAAGAACCAAUAAAUUAACUUGAUACAACAACUAGGUUAUUUGGUAAAAUAUAACCUGAUAUUCCAAAACCAGCUUCAUAAAAGUAAUAAAUUAAUUUAUAAAUAGUGUCGGAGGUACUGUAAACAGGGCUGAUUUAAUACCUAAAGUUGGAAAGAAAGCUUAAUUAAUUGAAUAAUAAUAUCUAUAAUAAAUACAGUCUGAAUUAGAAUCUCGAUAAGCAGACAGUUUCAGUUAAACAUAAUAGAGAUAUUUUGAAACAACAUGUAAAUCAGAAUUCACUUAAGUAAGCAUAAUAUAUAUGUUAUUAGAAACCAAUAGAAAAUAAUACUAUUGGAAGAAGAGUUAUGAGAACAUAAAAUGGAACUGCAAUAGAUGCAGAUAAAAAAGAUUUUGAUUUAUUAAGUGACAUGGGAUUUUAUUAAAAGUAUCACAACUAAUCUAUUAUAUGAUAGACCUCAACUGUCAACUGAUUAAUAAUUGGCAGGAAUUUUACCACAAGAAUCAUAUCUAACAGCAAAACCUAUAACAUUUUAUUCUGAAAAGCAAGGUUAAGGAAUCCUUUAUCAAUCUAAGCCAGUCAAUGAAGUUAGACCAUUUCAUAAAGUUGAUGAAUUUGUUAAAACAUUUCAUCACUUCACUCAUGUCAAAAAUUGAG